AUGGUGUGGCAGCUUGCAUCGCUGCGACCAUCGCUGCGACGCCGUCAGCCGACUGCGGCAGUAGUAGCGGCAGCAGCUCACGACAGCCCGCAAGGAGCAGCCGACACAGCUGCGACCGCCGCAGGUGGCGCUAGCGCCGGCUUGGACUCUAAGUCCGGGGGUUCAGGAGGGAAACAGCGGCAGCAACAGGAACGACUAAGGGCCGUUCCGCGAGGGUGGCGGCGCGGUGGCAAGUUGCAUACUCUGGCAGCGUCGGCGACGGCAGUGCUUGCCGCGGUGUCGCUGCUCGUCGGCGCCGUCGUACUUCUGGCCGCCGGGCCUAGCGGCGCCGCUCCCGGCGGCGCACAUGUCCAGGGUAUGCCCGUUGAGCUCAACCCCUCGGUGAUGGUGCUCGGCCAAUUUGAUUGGAUGCCGUACCAACGAGCUCCGCCGUUCACGUCGCGGUGUACGGACAUGGUCGACCGCGGCAAGAAGGCAGCUGGCGGCACGCGCAUUAACUUCGUACCGACCCAUUACUGGAGGGAUUUCAACAGCGACGGCGGCGUUGAUAGCUACUGCUUCAUGAACGGGUACAUACUGAAAGCUGUCACGGGGGAACUGUACACAGGCCUUGUACUGCACGCUUGUACUGCACGCUUGUACUGCACGCUUUUCCGUCGUUGA